AUUCACCCUUUCCCUUUUCUCUUUCAGUUUCGCUCUUCUUCUCUUCCACUUCCCAACUCUCUCCUCGUUCCCCCCCCCUAAUCCAAAUCGGUUCAUUUUUUUUCUUUUCAAUAUCUCCACAUAUUAUCCUUUUUUCUUCCUCCUUCCUCUCUUCUCUCUCUCUCUCUCUCUCUCCUCCCCCCGUCCCUCUCGUUUCCCUUUUCCUUUCUGCAAAUUUAAUAGAGGGUUAGAUCUGGGAGAUCACCUUGGUUUUUUUCUUUUUUGUAAUUCAACUGCUCAGAAGAAAACUUCCUUUCUUUUCACUCUUCUUCCUGUCCUUUUUCUUUUUCGCCGUGCUCUUGUCUAUUUGCUCGGUUCUUGUAUCGCCACUUCAUAGACGCCGGUGAUACUUUUUCAGAUAAUUCGCACCACAUUCUUCUCCUAUCUUUCUUGUACAAAAAGAAAAGAGAUUUCAGGUGGAUCAGAUCGCGAUUCUGCUCUACGACUAUCAACACAAACCGCUUUCGAAUUUCUAAAACUGUACGUUCGUCCUUGGUGUCACAAGUCGAGUCGUUUGUUCGUCCUGCUUAUCUGUUAUCCUACCGCAGUUUGUGAAUUAUCCGCAAAUAUGGCCGACGGAUUGAAGAUGGGAAACCUUUCCCUUAACGAGUCUCAGCAUGCGCCUGCUGCCCCUAACACUGGCCGUGCUGCCUACAUCCCCCCUCAUCUCCGCCAGCGUCAGAUGGGCGCCAGCGCGAACAUGGACGGUGCUGCCCCUCCCCCAGGCCCUGGCCCUGCCCCUGGUCCUGGAUCCUGGGCCCCGAGAGGUGGUCCUCGCGGCAACAACUGGGCCAACGCCAAUGCUCCUGAUUUCAGCCCCCGCGGUCCCAAUGGUAACACAAGCUGGACACCCCUAGAAGGUGCUCGCCAUGCCUUUAACCCAGAUGCUUACGGAAACCCAGGUGGAAACGCAUACGGUGGAGGUGGAGGUGGUGGUGCUGCCAGAGGCUCUGGAGACGGCCAGUGGCGCGACGGCAAGCACAUCCCUGGACCCGCCAACGCCCGCGUGGAACGUGAACUUUUCGGUCUUCCCAACGAUCCUUCCAAGCAGAACACCGGUAUCAACUUCGCCAACUACGAUGACAUCCCGGUCGAGGCCUCCGGCCAGAACGUCCCCGAGCCCGUCAAUGCCUUUACCAACCCUCCCUUGGAUGACCACCUGAUCGCCAACAUCACGCUCGCUCACUACCAGGUCCCCACCCCGGUGCAGAAGUACUCUAUCCCCAUCGUCAUGAACGGUCGCGAUCUCAUGGCCUGUGCCCAGACUGGUUCCGGAAAGACUGGUGGUUUCCUCUUCCCCAUCCUGUCGCAGGCUUUCCAGAAUGGUCCCUCGGCCACCCCGGCCCAGGCGUCCGGUCAGUUCAGCUACGGUCGUCAGCGCAAGGCCUACCCGACCUCCCUCAUCCUUGCCCCCACUCGUGAGCUUGUGUCUCAGAUCUUUGACGAAGCCCGCAAGUUCGCCUACCGCUCUUGGGUCCGCCCUUGUGUGGUCUAUGGUGGUGCUGACAUCGGCUCUCAGCUGCGUCAGAUCGAGCGUGGCUGCGAUCUUUUGGUUGCCACUCCUGGUCGUCUCGUCGAUCUGAUCGAGCGUGGCCGUAUCUCUCUGGUCAACAUCAAGUACCUGAUUCUGGAUGAAGCCGAUCGUAUGCUGGACAUGGGUUUCGAGCCUCAGAUCCGUCGCAUCGUGGAGGGUGAGGACAUGCCCCACGUGAAUGACCGCCAGACCCUCAUGUUUUCGGCCACCUUCCCCCGGGACAUUCAGAUGCUGGCCCGUGACUUCCUGAAGGACUACGUUUUCUUGUCCGUCGGACGUGUGGGUUCCACCUCUGAGAACAUCACCCAGAAGGUCGAGUACGUGGAGGACCACGACAAGCGCUCCGUGCUCCUUGACAUCCUUCACACCCACGGCACCAGCGGUCUGACCCUGAUCUUCGUCGAGACCAAGCGUAUGGCCGACUCGCUCUCGGACUUCCUCCUCAACCAGCGUUUCCCCGCUACCGCCAUUCACGGUGACCGCACCCAGCGUGAGCGUGAGCGUGCUCUGGAGAUGUUCCGAUCGGGCCGCUGCCCCAUCCUGGUGGCUACUGCCGUCGCUGCUCGUGGUCUCGAUAUCCCCAACGUCACCCACGUUAUCAACUACGACCUGCCCACCGACAUCGACGACUACGUCCACCGUAUCGGUCGUACCGGUCGUGCCGGUAACACCGGUAUCGCCACUGCUUUCUUCAACCGUGGCAACCGUGGUGUCGUCCGUGACCUGAUUGACCUUCUGAAGGAGGCUCACCAGGAGGUUCCUUCCUUCUUGGAGAGCAUUGCUCGUGAGGGCAGCGGCUAUGGCGGUCGUGGCGGCCGUGGUGGUGGCCGUGGCCGUGGUGCCAAUGCCACCCGCGACAUGCGUCGCCUGGGCGGCAACAUGGGCGGUCCCCCUUCGUUCGGUGGUAGCAGCUACGGUGCCCCGGGCGGCGGCUACGGCGGCGGCAGCGGUGGCGGCAGCUACGGAGCUCCUCCCUCCUACGGAGGUGGUGGCAGCUUCGGCUACGGCGGCGGCGGUGGUGGCUAUGGAAACCCCUCUGGCCCUACCGGACCUUCUUCCUGGUGGUAAAUCAGAAGUUGUGGUCUCUGGCGAGGCCGUCAUGUCUGAUUGGCUCCUCUUUUUCUUUCCCGUUCUUCCAUUUUUCUUGCCUCUCAAUUUGACGGAUACGGUCAGAACGAGUCCUGAGCUUCUCGUUUUCUACCUCUUUCCGCUUUUUACUUAUCUCAGGACCGGCUUUGUCAUGACUGCCACGACUUCCUUUUUUAGAGUCUGUUUCUUUGAUUUCUUCUUUCUUACCAUCUGUUUUCUAGGUGUUGUCUUUUAUGAGCAUUGUGCCCUUUUUUCUUUGUCUUCUCGUUCUGUUAUGUCCGUUAUUUAGGCAUGAUCUUAUGAUGCGGCCCGAUCUCACCAUCUUGUGCUGCUCCUGAUUAUACCCACCAUGUAAUCGAGAGCAUCCCGGUCGGCAUUCCAUGAACAUCAUAGAUUGCGUUGUCUUACUCUCGCACCCGCUUCCAUCAGAUACCCUUUUUGUUUUCAGGCGGCCAUAUGGAGAACCGCUUGAACGACGCGUGCCAGCCAGAAGUGCCGGCUUGUCGCGUUCCAGAAAAGUGCUUUUUAUGAUUUCAUCUGCUUGGUGCGGUGGCAUCUGCAUCGUGUCUUGCAACAUAGAUUUCUUCCAGUUUUCGGUAUCUCAUGGCGGGUUGUUUUCCCUUUUUCCUUAUCAACUUCCUCUUUCCUCUUUUGCUGUCUGCCUGCAUGCGUGCAUCGUGUUUUCUGUUUCGCUACGAAGGCUACUUUUUUUCUCGGGCUUUGAGAUCUCUCACCGGCGCAACAGCGGCGCGCAGAAGAGGGACCGGGGCUUACCUCCUUGCACUUGGAGAAAAAAAACAUCAUCAUGGGCUUCUUAUUCGGCGGGUACUUGUUUCUUUCGCAUUACGUCUGGGACCGGCGGUUCACGAACAUGUAAUGCGAGCGAUAGAGAUGGGAAUUCUUUGCAUUCUGUAUGGCGUUGGCUUGAGGUGUUGUGUCCACAAAAACUUUUCUCUGCACUGGGAUCCGCGGAGGAUACCUUCCACUGGGGUUUUCUGUUUCAUAUGUCGGAUCCGUGGAGGAUGGGAAGCUGCUUUGCCGGCGCUUUUUGUUUUCUUUCCUUUUUGUGGUGAUCAUCGUCUCAUGUCAGUAGCAGUCUGGGCUCGACGGGAUUGUGCCGAAGAUGGCCCCUUUUUCUCUUUGUUUUUUGUUACCGAGAGACUCCAGGCCUCGAGAACAGGGAGCUGAUUUAUUAAAAACCAAAAGUUUGCUUCUGGUCUUCUGCAUCUUGUGUUUUGUAGUCAUGCAUUCGUAGGUCGGGCUCUUAGUGUGGCUAGUAGUAUAGUCGAUGGCCUACAUUUAGUAUGUCGAAGUCCAAGAAUUGUAUUCAGAUAUUAAUGCAUCAAAUGAAACUGGGAUGUCUACGAUAUAGAGUCUUUCGUUUAAUCAAUCUAGAGGAUGUUGCCUGGGGAGACUGGCGAAGUGUUCCAAAAGUCGUGAACUCGGUGUACGGAGAUAUAUACAAUCCAUGGAAGAUGGCCUGAAAUAGAACAAAAAGACAUGAAUCAACAAUGAUGGCUACAAGAAAUCUAUUUAAUAGAUUCAUUCACUAAGCAUCAAAUGAUUAUCUCUAUAAUUAUGAACGUGGAGAGAAAUUCACAUAGCGAAGUGGCUGGUGAGUCAAAUUGGUUGUUCGAGAUCACCGGAUUACGAAACUCACUGCUUCCGUAACUAUCGCCUGUCUUUCCUUCUCUCCUCCUUUCUCCGUUCUCUUCCUCGCUUUUCCCCCCAAC